AUGAACCCAACAAUGCCUCCUAUGGACAUGGCUUCGUUCCAACCCGAAGCCAUGCAAGCCUGGCUCUACUCUGGCACAUCUGGUGGUCUCGAAAAAAACCUCCGCUUCGAACCAGCUACCCGUGCACCCCCGGCCCCUCAGGGAAAUGAGGUUUUGGUGCGAGUUAUAUCCGCAGCCCUGAACCCAGUGGACUACAAAUUUCCCGAAAUGGGAUUGCCCGCACGCAUGCUCAUUGGCAUGCCUGCAUCACCCGGCAUGGACUUUUGCGGCCGUGUAGUAGCUACAGGACCACUCGCAAAGCAUCUAAAGGAGGACCAGCUGAUUUACGGGUGUCCCGCACGGCCGGUGCAGUUUGGUUCGCUAGGAGAGUACCUCAGUAUCACGGCCGACAAAAUUGCGGUUUUGCCGAAUGGUGUCCCUAUUGAUAAUGCUGCUUCUUUGCCAGUUGCUGGAUUGACCGCGUACCAGAGUCUAGAGGGCUAUGUGAAAGCGGGAGAGAAGGUACUUAUCAACGGCGCAUCGGGAGGCUGCGGUAUCUUCGCUAUUCAGAUUGCAAAGCAGAUGGGAUGCCAUGUUACGACAAUAUCCUCGACUCGCAAUAUAGAGUUGUGUUUGCGCAUGGGCGCGGACGAAGUCAUUGAUUAUACCGCGCACAAGGACCUCGUGGCAAAGCUCCAAGAACGGAAUGUCGUAUUUGAUUGUGUAGUCGAUCAUAUUGGCUUACCUUCUACUUUAUACUACCAGUGCCACCAUUUCCUCAAGGAGGAUGGAACCUUUGUGCAGGUUGGUGCAUCGUCCAUCAUGACCUUCCUUGGGCGACUCGGGUGGCCCUCUUUCCUCGGCGGCGGACAGAGAAAAUAUGUCGCUGUGAUGGUGAAAACUGACCAGAAGCAGCUGGUGCAACUUGGAGAAUGGCUGGCAGAGGGAAAGAUUAAGAUCCAGCUUGAUAGCGUGUAUGAGCUGCACGAUGCUGAAAAAGCCUUCCAAAAGCUUCGGUCCGGCCGCGCGCGGGGCAAAAUUGUCGUUCAUGUCAGUGAUCCACAUAAUCAGAAUAUGGAAUCUUUUGGUAUUGGGCUUUGA